CCUCUUCUCACUUCUUCUUUGCCACUCUCUCUCCAUUUUCAUUCCCCUGUUUUCUCUCUCUAAAACUACCUUCACUUCAUUUUCUCUCUCCUAAUUUGGAUAUUAUUAAGUGGCAUUUUCAGUAUGGUUAAUCUUAUUUUCCUGUCGGUGCUUCUAGCUCUUGCCACGUGCCCCUUUGUCUCUGCCUUUACUGAUGGAUUACUACCAAAUGGUGACUUUGAGAAAGGCCCUAGGCGAUCGGACAUGAAGGGCACGGUGGUAGUGAACAGGCAUUCCAUACCAAACUGGGAAAUCUCCGGUUUCGUCGAGUACAUAAAAUCCGGCCAAAAACAAGGGGACAUGUUGCUAGUAGUCCCGGAGGGAGCCUACGCCGUGAGGCUCGGAAACGAGGCCUCGAUCAAGCAAAGGGUGAGUGUAACAAAGGGAAUGAACUAUGCCAUAACAUUUUGUGCAGCAAGAACUUGUGCACAAGAAGAGCAACUCAACAUAUCUGUUUCCCCUGAAUUUGGUGUACUUCCUAUGCAAACUUUGUAUAGUAGUAGUGGUUGGGAUUGCUAUGCUUGGGGUUUUGUAGCACUUUCGAACCUUGCUGAGCUUGUUAUCCAUAACCCUGGUGUUGAGGAAGAUCCUGCUUGUGGUCCCCUUAUCGACUCCGUCGCUAUGCGAGUUCUUUACCCUCCUAAGAGGACUAACUUGAACCUAAUGAAGAAUGGUAACUUUGAAGAAGGUCCAUACAUCUUCCGCAACACAACAUGGGGAACCCUAAUCCCACCAAACAUCGAAGAUGCACAUUCACCACUCCCUGGUUGGAUGGUCGAGUCCUUGAAGGCGGUCAAGUACGUAGACUCGAAUCACUUCUUUGUGCCCUCAGGCCGACGAGCAAUAGAGCUCGUCGCAGGGAAAGAAAGUGCAAUUGCACAAGUUGUACGUACCAUCCCCGGUAAACGUUACACUCUAAGUUUCUCCGUUGGUGAUGCCAAUGAUGCUUGUGCCGGCCCCAUGGUCGUCGAGGCCUUUGCAGGCAAAGACACUAUCAAAGUACCCUACCAGUCUAAGGGGAAGGGAGGGUUUAAACGAGCCGUGCUUCGCUUUGUUGCUACCCAAGCUAGGACUCGAAUCAUGUUCUAUAGUACCUUCUACUCGAUGAGGAGUGACGACUUCUCUUCACUUUGCGGCCCUGUGAUUGAUGAUGUUCGACUCCUUAGCAUUCGCGGUAGGCCAUGAAGGUUGAAGAGUUAACAAAAGGGUGUAUGAAAAUCAAGAUUUUAAUUACUACUACUAAAGAAAAUAUGAAGAAUUGUUAAUUUGAUUGGAAAAAAGAGUGGUAAAACUUAGGUUUUUUCUCUUAUAUGCGGAGGUAAUUAUAUGUAUAAUGCAAAGCAAUGUAUUUUUGUGUUGCGGAGAAGCAUUUAGCAGAGAUAAUUCUAUCUUAUGCAUGUUUUAAGUUUUAUAUUUAGGGAAGUAUUUUCGAAAUAAGGAGAUAUCUAAGUAUACUAAUGUAAAAUAAUUGUAUGUUGGUCAUGAAAUUUGGGGUUUUCUUGUAUGUUUAUUUGGAUCUUGUUAUGCCAAUUUUAAUUAUUAAUGAAAAGCAUAUGUAUUUAGCUUGAUAUUAUCUAAA